AAAAAGAAAAGUUCGAACAAAAUUAUCCACCGCGAAGCCCCCGGUUCUGGAAACUGCGACCCAACAACCAACCUCCCUCCCUCUCCAAGCAGCCGCAACGCUCACCAGAACCCAAACACGCCAUCACCGCCGUCACACCAAACGCAGCAAAGCAGAGCAGAGGGCGAAGGGUCGACAUCGGAUCGACAUGAUCCUCGUGGCGGUCAUGGCGGAGCUGCUGGAGGAGUACACGGCGGCGGUGGCGCGCGCCCUGGAGCGGCUGCUGUCCGCGGCGCCGCUGCGCAUCCUGCCGCGCCGCGUGCGGUUCGUCGUCCUCCGCACCCUCCCCUUCGCCUCCCCCUCGCCGCCCGUGCCGCCGCCGCCCCCGCACGCCGUCCCCGUUCUGCUCGCGCGCUGAUCAUGGGCGGAUCCAGCUCAGCUCAUGCUCUGAGCUCUGAACUCAAGUGAAGUGAGGCUGCUUCUUGUACAUACUCCGGUCCGGUUACUGGCCCGAUAACAUGGUUAGCUAAAAGAAAGUACUCUGCUUCUGAUGUUUGGCUGUCCUAGAGAUGUUGGGGUACCUUGUAAUUUCUUGCCUGUUCUUUGACCUUGCGGAGUAGUCAGUCAUGGCUCAACUGGUGAUGAGAUAUGUAAAUUUCUGUAUAUUCCAGCUUGUCGCUUUCAGAUGUAUUUCGAUCUGUAGACUGUUGAUUUGGAACAAAAAUUCCGAAAGAGUCGAUCAA